AUCAUUUCCGGGAAGGUGAAGCCACGCUUUCUGGGCUGCAACAUGGAGGCUUCUAGUGGAACUGAUGAGCGGGUUUCCGGGGAGCUGCUAUCUGUGGCACAUGCUCUUUCGCUCCCAGCAGAAUCAUAUGGAAAUGAUCCUGACAUUGAGAUGGCUUGGGCCAUGAGAGCAAUGCAGCAUGCUGAAGUCUAUUACAAGCUGAUUUCAUCAGUUGACCCACAGUUCCUGAAACUCACCAAAGUGGAUGACCAAAUUUACUCUGAGUUCCGGGAAAUUUUUGAGAAACUCAGGAUAGAUGUAUUGGACCCAGAAGAACUCAAAUCAGAAUCAGCUAAAGAGAAGUGGAGGCCAUUCUGCAUGAAGUUUGAUGGGAUCGUAGAAGACUUCAACUAUGGUACUUUGUUACGACUAGAUUGUUCUCAGGGUUACACUGAGGAAAACACCAUCUUUGCCCCCAGGAUUCAAUUUUUUGCCAUUGAAAUUGCUCGAAACCGGGAAGGCUAUAAUAAAGCAGUUUAUAUCAGUGUUCAGGACAGAGAAAGAGAGAAAGAAGCCAACAAUGGUGGAGAGGAAGGAGCUGACAGUAGAGAAGAAAAGGCCAAGAAAGGAGAAGAGAAAGAAGUUGAUAGAGAAGCAAAGAAGAAAACUGUCAAAGGAGGAGAAAAAGAGAAAGAAGCCAAUAAAUAAAUGAUUAAAAUGGUGAAACACCUAUGUAAGGCAGACUGGGAAUACCACUCUAGAGCUGUGACUAAACUGAGUCUGAAAGUAGCAUGGUACUGCUUGCACAAAUCCCUUUGGUUACAUAUAUGUCUAUGUGCAAUUGAAGGACACUUGGAAGGACAUCUUUAUAACCUAAUAAUGAGAGCUAUCUGAUCAUUCCCAUGUAUGAACUAGCUUAAAGACUUACUGGGGUCUUAGUUGUUUCUUGGUAUGUAGUUUCUUGGCUCUUACCACUGGUCAAAUAAGAACUUUUAUAAAUAAAACAUUUUUUUGGUUCUUUUGAA